CCCUCUCGUCUCUGCCCGCUUCCCCCUCGUGCGCGCUCUCCCCUGCACACCGCCUCCUCUCUGCCGCACGCCCGCCUCCUGAACGCCCCCCUCCUCUCCGACCCCCUCCCCUCGCGCGCGCCCCCUUGUGCAAGACCCCUUCUCUCUGCCGGGCGCCCCGCUCCUGCACGCCCCCUCCUGUCUGCCGCGCCCCCUCUACUCUGCCGCGGGCUCCUACUCCUGCACUCCCCCUCCACUCUGCCGCGCCCCCUCUACUCUGCCGCCUGCUCCUACUCCUGCACGCCCUCUCCUCUCUGCAGCACGACCCCCCACGCCCCCUCCUUUCUGCUGCGCGUUCCCCCUCCGCCGCCCACCGCGUGCCCUCUGCUCACCUAUCCGCGCGCCCCUCCCGCUUUGCGGCGCCUACACGGGCUCCUGAGGCGCGCGCUCUCGUUGCCUGGCAACGGGACGCAGCUCCUGGGUGGCGAGCAGGCGCGUGUGUAGGGACGAAGUUUCGCUCUUGUUGCCUAGGCUGGAGUGCAAUGGCACAAUCUCAGCUCACUGCAACCGCUGCCUCCUGGGUUCAAGUGAUUCUCCUGCCUCAGCCUUCCAAGUAGCUGGGUUUACAGGAGUUUUUAUUUAGGAGUUAGAAAUGGAGUCAAUAUAUCUUCAAAAGCACCUCGGGGCAUGUUUAACUCAAGGUCUUGCAGAAGUGGCAAGAGUUCGCCCAGUGGAUCCAAUAGAAUAUUUAGCAUUGUGGAUUUACAAGUAUAAGGAAAAUGUGACCAUGGAACAACUGAGACAAAAGGAAAUGGCCGAGCUGGAGCGUGAAAGAGAAUUAGCUCUGAUGGAGCAGGAAAUGAUGGAGAGGCUCAAAGCAGAGGAGCUCUUACUUCAGCAGCAACAGCUGGCAUUGCAGCUGGAGUUGGAAAUGCAAGAAAAGGAGAGGCAGAGAAUACAAGAAGUACAGAGAGCUCAAGAACAAUUAGACAAGGAGAUGAGAAUGAAUAUGGAAAAUCUAGUUAGGAGUGAAGAUACUCUACAUUCAGAGGAAGCAACACUAGACUCAGGCAAAACACUAGCUGAAAUCAGCGAUCGUUAUGGAGCACCUAACUUGAGCAGAGUGGAAGAACUUGAUGAACCAAUGUUUUCUGAUGUUGCAUUAAACAUUGAUCAAGAUUUGUAGGACCAACCAACCUAAGAGCAAUAAAUGUUUUUGUUUGUUUCAAAUUUCAAA